AUGGGUAAACCGUAAUAAUAAAAGAGAAAUAGAGCGACCAACUAAUCCAAGCUUAUCAUGUGGAGCGUCACUGUGAGCCCAGUUUUUGCACCUACGCUUCACUUUGGUCUUACUUUCUCCAAACAGAAACAGCGACGACACCGCCCACCCAUUUUCCUCCCCGUUUCCGCCACUUCUCAGCCCUCUCACCGCCGCCAAUACUCUUCCCUUAACAAAGAACACAAACAACAAAACCAAGGCGAGAUCCAGAAGAGAGAUGCUGAUGCUAAAGUUACUAAAACUCAAUUGAGUGGAUUAGAUGUGCUCUGGGCUAUGCAGAAAGCAGCUGCUGAGAAAACCAGAGCCGUUAAAACUAAAAAGAAAGGGAAGAGAUUUGAAGGCGGCGGCGGCGGUGUCAGCCGGAAAGAGGAGGAGAGCGUCGCCGUUGAUUAUAGCAGUGUUAGGCCUUUGUGUAUAAAGACUGACUGGGGCGGUCGAUUAGACCGUUUGGAGAAGCGUAUUCAGAUACUCUCUCAAACAAAAUGAAUACGAAUUUUUAUUACAGAUACUUUUUCCCCCUUUACGAUUAAGUAUGAAUUUAUCCUCUAAAUUUACACGAGAUUCCUUA